AUGAGCGGGCCGGACGAGCGCACGACGACCCCUCUCGCCUUCUCCUCCUCGACUCGAAAUGACGACAGGCCGCUCUCACCGCCGUCGGGACGAAGCAGUGGCAUCAUUCUGAUUUCCCCACGACAGUCACCGACGCCCGAGCCCGCCAACAUGCCCGCACGCGACCUGCCCGCGCUACGAAUUCGACCCGCCUCGCCUCCAACUGAUGAAGCCGCUCACGCUGCCGACGGUCCCCGGUCACUAUUACAGCUCAUCGCCAGUACUACAGGCUCUGUUACUGAUCCAUCACACCUCUCCCCCGACCCCGACCAGUUUUACGACUCGGUCGGUCGUCUGACCCGACGACGUUCAGUGCGCCGAUCAGACUCUCCCCCGCCGCCAGCCCCUCCCGCAGCGGGACAGCCUCUCAUCGAACUGUUCAGCGACACGGACGACGAGGAGGCGGCGCUCACGUCGACGCUGCGGGCCGGCUUGCGGUCUCGCUCUCGUCGACUCGGGUUUGGAACUGUGGGAGAGCCGAUGCAUAUCGUUGCGCCUGGCUCAGGAGGCGAUCAGCUCGCAGGGGAUACUGGCUGGGUGUACGUAGGAGGAAGAGACGGAGAGCCUGAGAUUAGCCCGGAAGAGCGGCGGGCCGAAGCGCUGAGACGGCGAGCACGGCUCGCUCAAGCUUUGGACGACGUGCGAGCGCAGGGCGAAGCAAUCGACGCGGAUCUGGCGGCGAUCUGGCGCGGAGAUGCGGGCGCGGCGGACGGCGGCUCUAUCUGGAGGAACCAGCCUCUCUCCAUCCCUCGCACGACUUCCCUUCCACGGGGCGGACGAACCAUGCCGUCCUCAUCCGCCGUUCGCUCCAGCCCCCGGGCUUCCUUCUCUCUCUCCAACCCCCCUCCACCCGUCUGGCGCGCUUGGCCGACUCGUGACACACUCGCACCGCCCUCUUCGCCACCCCAGCGCUCCCUCCUCUCGCCGACUCCGGAACCUUCCGUCAACGAACUCCUCCCUCGUCCAAUCAGUCCCACCGCACCCUCCAACUUCAUCUGGACGCGCGUCCUGCCUUCUCCCCCACCGCAGUCUUCGUCAGCCGACCGACAAUCCAGACUCGAACAGCUACGGGCGGCACGAAGGGAGCGGGCGAGCCAGACUAUCGAUAGUCUGCUCGGAGCGGUUGAUGCCGAUGGCAUGCCCAUCGUUGAUGCGUCGCGUACGGAUGAGGGAGGUGUGACGGUCGUACAACCUGCGGAGCAUUGGAGCUGGGCCUCAGAAGUGGGAGACGAGUCUGUGAUCCGCACGACGGUCCGGUCGCGGGGCGUCUUUGCCCACGACGAGGCCGAUGUCGGCGUCGAGCGGACGUCCAGCACAUCAGGCGGGCGACGGACGAGGGAGGAGACGAAUGCGCUGAUGGGUAUGGCGCUGCGAAGCAAGAAAGAGGUCUACCUCCUCUACUGCGGCGGGAACGGGGCAGUCGAUGAGGUAUCGCUCCCGUCCGGUUUCGCCUUUGCAGGAAAUGCGGCGGAGGACGGCAAUGCGGGCUGCGGCGCGCUCGUCUGCUCCCGGGCCUUGCUCGAAGGCGUGCCGGACAAGGUCUUCGACGAUGAGCCGGCGCGGCGAGAACGACCGGCGGCCAGUAGCGAUCUGCCACCUCGAGCAGACAGGGUCGGCGACUGGAACGAGGGAACCGGUGUUGGCGGCGAGCGAGUCGGGAAGCGCGGAUGGAAGGGCUGCAAGGGUUGCGUGACGAGGGACAUCGGCUGCCGAAGAUGCGGCAACCUCCUCGGCUACCGCCUCCUCCGCCCUUGCGUCACCUGCUCGAUCGCUCGUCCCGCCUACGCCUCAUACGCCUCCGUCGUCUCGACCGACCCGAACUCGGCACGGCUAGGCGGCUCGCUCCAGCUUUCGGCAGGUGGAGUCACCGGCGGUGGAGUCGUCGACGGCUUGCUCUUUCACUUCCGCCUCGACGGGGUCACGCCGCUCGUCAGGCUCGUUGGAGACCUACCCUCCGAGGAGCUCGACGUCGAGCGAAAGCGACGAAUGGCGAGAGAUCCGCAAGCUGACGAGGAAGAAGGAGCGGGGGAGACCAUGCGCGUUGGUGCUCCCGCCAUCAGGCGGCUCAGGGAGCGGUCGCCGAGAGAGGGGGAGAAGAUGCUCUGGAAGCACAUCCCCUCGCCGCAGCGCGACUUCCUCGAUGGCCUCGUCGGCGAGCCCGGAGACUGGAUCUCCCCGCAGAGCGAGACUUGGUGGCUCGACAAUGCUAUCGGCAAACACACGAAGAAACGUUCGGCGAGCGCCGCGUUCGGAGAUGUUCCGUCGCGGAACGGCAGCUCGGCACCCUUCAACACCGACUCGCUUUCCUCUGCGGCUACGACCGUCAGCAACCACUCUCCCUCAGCCGGCACCUCUCCCCUCCGCUCUUCGCUCUCUCGCUCUCACGCCAUCCGCCUCCGCGUCCCGCUCGCCUCGACCCCUCUCGCAGCCGACUCGCCCGCUUCGCCCGUGGACGACUACGACCGCUAUCGCUCCGACGCAGCAGACUUCUCGCGGCGAGUCCGCGCUCGAACGGCCGACUACAGCGCAAGUGACGGGAUGAGCGGUGUUGCGAGGAGCCUUGAGCGGGCGGGAUACGGUAGUGCGUUCGGCUCGGAGGACGUUGAGGAAGAGAGGCUCAGGAUCGUGAGUCGUGGAAGGGGUAGGAGGAGUAUGGAGGCUGUCGGGCGCUGA